AUGACCGACACCUCCCUCUCACAUGCAAAUGGCGCUGCACCACCUGCUCCUGCGAAGACCAUGAAUCCCCCCACCACCGCAGUAGCCUCGCAGAAACCGCAGCAAGAGUCACUAUCACCCUUCAAUACUCCAGUAUCCACUUCAACCACGACCUCAACACCCUCGCCGUCAGCAUCAGCAUCGUCCACGUCCACCACACCUCCCACCUCGACCACAACGCCCAACAACCCACCUCUCUCCGCCGUCAUCGCCCAAUGUCAUCACCGCGUGCACUCAUUCCUCGAAGAAUCGCAUCCCGAGGACUCCCUCCUCGCCGCCGUGCAGCGCCAAACCCGCACCUCCCUCGACGUGGUCGUCUCCGCGCUGACCCGCUAUAACCCCCUCACCGAACUCUCCCUCUCCUACAACGGCGGCAAAGACUGUCUCGUGCUUUUGAUCCUCUUCCUUGCUGGUCUUCACCCCCACCUAACAGCGGACAACAAGAACCACGACAACAGCGGCGAGAGUGGCGAUCGUGAAGUCCUAACCUCGAUCCCCUCAAUCUACGCCCUCCCACCAGACCCGUUCCCAGCCGUCGAAGACUUCGUCCAAUGGUCCUCUCGCGCCUACCACCUCUCGAUCGUAAAAUACACCACCCAUCCCCCGCACGCCACCCUCCGCUCCAGCUUCCAAGACUAUCUGGCCCGGAAUCCCCUCAUCAAGGCAAUCUUCGUGGGCACGCGACGCACGGAUCCGCAUGGCGCGAAGCUGACGCAUUUCGAUCGUACGGAUAGCGGAUGGCCGGAUUUCGUGCGCGUGCAUCCGGUGAUCGAUUGGCAUUAUGCGGAGAUUUGGGCAUUUAUUCGUCAUUUGGAUUUGAAGUAUUGUCCGUUGUAUGAUCAGGGGUAUACCAGUUUGGGGGGUACGGGGGAUACGCAUCCGAAUCCGAUGUUGCGCGUUGAUGCGAAGAAGGAGGAGGAUCAGCAAGGUAGUGCUGGUCAGUAUCGGCCGGCUUACGAAUUGACGGAAGAUCUAGAAGAACGGCUUGGACGCCAAUAA